UCGAAUAUAAAAAUGAUGUUCAUUCCAGAGGAAAACAAACUCGAUUCUGGGAAGUAUAUUACAAAUUCUCAAUCCAUACAGUUUGGACCUUGGUACAUCUCGUACGAUGUCAGUCGUAUAUUACCAAGUGUCUGUCCAACAAAAGUAGUUUGCGAACGAGAUGACGAUCAAUUUUGUCAGUUUUGUGUUUACUGCAAGGAGUUGAAUAUUCCACAUUUUCCUGAUAUGGUGUUUCCGAAAAACAUUCUUAACUUGAAACACGCGAAUGGUGCUUGCAUAAACUUUAACCCCCUGGAUGCUUUGAAGAGGGUUUCAAGUAGAGUUCAGGCAAUUGAAGUUUCAUGUGCAGAAGCAUGGCAGGAAUCAAGACCAGAUGCUGAAAAGAAGAAACAAAACUUUGACUGGACUUUUUCAACAGAUUACAAAGGCACAUUAAGUGACAAAAUUGUUGUGGAGCCAACAGAUGAAACAAUUAAUUUUGAAAUUUUGAAACAAAAAGACCAAAUACUCUUCUAUCAUGACUUGACAUUGUUUGAAGAUGAAUUGCAUGAUCAUGGAAUCUCUAAACUUUCAGUAAAAAUUAGAGUGAUGCCAUCAUAUUGGUAUGUCUUACUGCGGUACUUUUUACGUGUGGAUGAUGUUCUAGUUCGUUCUCAUGAGACUAGAAUGUUUCACAUGUUGAACACAAAUUAUGUCCUACGGGAGUUUACUGCUAAAGAAUCAACGGCAAGGGAUUUAAAUAUGCCAACAACACAAAUGAAAGAAGCAGAUGAUGUUAUACCGUUUCUUCCAUUGAAGCACAAAGUAACAGAUAAAUUAAUAAUAAAGUUUGAAUGAUAAAUAUAAAGAUCUCAAUAUUGUUAUUUAGGU